AUGGCCCCUGCUGAGCCGGCGCGGCCGCCCAUCGCACUCGCGUACCCCGAGGGCGUGGGCGCGGACGCGCCUGCGCGGCUGUAUGUGCUCCCGCACCCCCACAGCGGCGUGCCCACGUACUUUGCCGUGCACGAUGACGCCACGUACGAGCUGCUCGUCGUGCGGCCUGACCAGCGCGCUGCGCGCAGCUGGAUGCUCGCGCCGAGGGGCGGCGCGCCGCGGCCCGGGCACAUCCUGCGCGACGGCGCCCUGCAUGUGCUGAGCCCCAUGGACCCUGCGCUGCUUUUGCUGGGCCUUCUCGCGCCUGUGUGGGGCGAGCGGCGGCUCUGCCCACGCGACGACCUCGCUGAGGCCGCUGCCGAGCACCAUGCCGCGCGGCGCGCCGCUGACCUGGCCGCCCGCGCGCCAGAGGCCGCGCCUUCCACGCCGGCGUGGCCGGAUAUCGCUACCGUCCUUGCGCUGCCGGCGAUGCAAGCGCCCCUCACGCGCAUCUGCGCGACGCAGGCCGAGCCAAGCGCCCACGACGGCCUCGUGUACCGCCUCGACGAGGCGCGCGUGUAUGCGCUCCUCACACGCAAGGUCGAGCGUGUGCUGCACGACGCCGCGGACGUGGUCGCGGCGCAGAGCCAGCGGCACUACGGCGCGGAGGCCACCGACGCCGAGAUCGCCGCGGCGCAGCGGCGCGUCGCCACCGACCUGGUCGCUAUGUACGUGCCGCCCGCCGUGGACGACGCAUGGCGCGCCGAGAGGAAGACGUGA